GUUCACGCGCAUGUCUCGUCUCUUUCACUGAACUUCAGGCACAGAGAUGGAUGAUCCGGGUCAGACCCGUGAGACCCGGACGUGAUGAUGAUGAAGAUGAAGAAGGUGUUUACUGCUCGUUCAUUGGCUGCUGUAGAGACACGCGCUGUAUACUGAGAGGAGGAUGGAGAGAGAAGGGGAGCUUGUUUUAGUUUAGAGGAGGAGAAGGAGGAGAAGAAGGAGGAGGAGGAGGAGGAGGAGAGGAAACUUCCCUGCACUUUGCCUCUUGGUUGGACUGAAACAUUAAUCGUAGAAGAAGUCGGAGGUUCCUGUUGAAACUUUUCUCUCUGUAAACUCUGCGCGCGCUCCCGCCGCCUGCGGCCGUGCCGCGCAUGCUCAGUGCGCAGCUGCUUGUUUUUUUCUCUUCCUGUAUAAUGGAUCGAUUGUGUCACCGGGCCUGGCGUGACGUCACCGAGUGAGGGAGGCGCGCGGCCGCUCAUCCAGAUUAAGAACCAGGGGUGGCGGGAGCGCGCACGAGUGCAUGAACUGAGUGUGUAGUCUGUGUGUGUGUGUGUGUGUAACGAUGAGUGGUGGUAAAAAGAGGAGUGGCUUCCAGAUCACCAGUGUGACCUCAGACUUCAACCUUCAAACUCCAGCUGGCCAAUCAGCUCCCAGCGUGGUCCUGCCCAUCCUCCAAUCAGCAGCCUCCUCCUGCGGGACGCUGCAGGGAAGCUCCUCCCAGCCAACCACGCCCUCUCUGAAGAGGAAAUACAUCUCCCAUGAUGCCUCGGGGCAGGGGGCGGGGUGUUCUUCCAGGUUCAGGGUGGUGCGGUUGGCUGUGGGCGGGGCUGGCAGUGUUGGGCGGGGCGAGCCGUAUCGCCGUGGGCGAUGGACGUGCACAGACUUCAUGGAGCGUCAGGAAGUGGCGGGGUUCAGGCGAGUGAUGGACACAAUGAGACAUGCCCACUCACUGGAGUCCCUGGAGAUGAUUGGCCGGGACAUAGAGAGAGGCGGAGUCCACUCCCAGGACACCGCCCACCUGUUGGCUCAGCCAAUCAGGGGGAGGCAGGGGGCGGGUCUUGUACUGCGCAGCGGCCCGCCCUCCCCGACGCACCAAGAGCCAAUUAACAUCCGGCUCCUGGACCGCAUUGAACCAAUGGGAGUACAAGGAUUUGACUCCACCCCUCCACCUCCCUCGCCCCGCCCACGAAACGUCCCUCCUCCUCUGCGAUUGGACGUGGAUGCUGCAGGACGGUCUGUCCUCAGGCUGUCUCACUCUCAGCCCAGCUCCCCCCCUGCUGGACUGUACCAUCCCACUCUGACCCCCGUUCAGACUCCAGCAGCCUUCAGUCUGGACCAAACCAUCUUCAACCUGCCGGGGGAGCCCAGUAGUUCCAGUAACAGUCUGAUCGCCAUCGACAACAAAAUCGAGCAGGCCAUGGACCUGGUGAAGAGUCACCUGAUGCUGGCGGUCAGAGAGGAGGUGGAGCUUCUAAAGGAACAAAUCAGAGAACUGCAAGAAAAGAACCAGCAGCUGGAGAGAGAGAACCACAUUCUGAGAACACUGACACACAACACACACACAACAUAACACACACAAGCCACACACACUCCUCACCUGACAGUGCCGUUGGGGUAACGAGUUUAACAGGCUGAUCCUCAUGAUGAGGGCUCUUGUAACCAUGACAACAGGACUGUUUGUGUCAUGAUGGAGAUGAUGAUGAAGAGUAGAGUCUAAUAAAUUAAUAAAGUCUAAUGACAG